CGUCGCCUUCUCCCACCCUUCCCCUGCUCUUCCUUCACGGGCUUCUCCUCACUCCCCUCUCGAAGAGUGGAGAAGAAAUCUAGGGCUUCGAAGGCGGCUUUCUCGUGCCAAUCGUUGCUCCUUGUCCCGUGGCUAUUUGUUUGGAGAUCUACGGUUGUUUAUUGACAGGAAGCCGAGGUUCUGAUAGAUUGGUCGCGGCGAUGUCUCGAGUGGAGAAGAUGGCAUCCAUUGAUGCCCACAUGAGGCUUCUCGCCCCCGGGAAGGUCUCCGAGGACGACAAGUUGGUCGAGUACGACGCCCUCCUUUUGGAUCGGUUCCUCGACAUCCUUCAAGAUCUGCAUGGCGAUGAUAUCAGAGAAACGGUUCAAGAUUUGUAUGAGCUGUCUGCUGAAUAUGAAGGGAAGCAUGAUCCUGAGAAGCUGGUGGAGCUGGGGAAUGUGCUGACUAGUUUGGAUGCGGGUGACACAAUUGUGGUCACCAAAUCAUUCUCACACAUGCUUAACUUGGCCAACUUGGCUGAGGAGGUGCAGAUUGCCUAUCGUAGGAGGAUCAAGCUAAAAAAAGGAGAUUUUGCUGAUGAAAAUUCUGCAAUUACUGAAUCUGACAUAGAAGAAACACUCAAGCGUCUCGUGAUGCAGCUAAAGAAGUCCAAAGAAGAGGUUUUUGACGCUCUGAAAAACCAGACAGUUGAUCUGGUUUUGACUGCACAUCCAACUCAGUCAGUCAGAAGAUCCUUGCUUCAGAAGCAUGCCAGGAUAAGGACUUGUUUAACUCAGUUGUAUGCCAAAGAUAUUACCCCUGACGACAAGCAGGAGCUUGAUGAGGCCCUUCAGAGAGAGAUUCAAGCAGCAUUUAGGACUGAUGAAAUCCGAAGAACUCCUCCAACGCCUCAAGAUGAAAUGCGGGCUGGGAUGAGCUAUUUCCAUGAAACCAUAUGGAAGGGUGUCCCUAAAUUCUUACGUCGUGUUGAUACAGCAUUGAAGAACAUUGGGAUAAAUGAACGUGUGCCUUAUAAUGCCCCUCUUAUUCAGUUUUCUUCUUGGAUGGGUGGGGAUCGUGAUGGAAAUCCUAGAGUUACUCCAGAAGUAACAAGAGAUGUAUGCUUGUUGGCUAGAAUGAUGGCUGCAAAUUUGUACUAUUCACAGAUUGAGGAUCUAAUGUUUGAGCUGUCUAUGUGGCGCUGCAAUACAGAACUGCAAGUACGUGCAGAUGAACUACACCGUUCCUCAAAAAAGGAUGCAAAACACUAUAUAGAGUUCUGGAAGCAAGUUCCUUCAAGUGAGCCUUAUCGUGUUAUACUCAGCGGCGUGAGAGAUAAAUUAUACAACACACGUGAGCGCUCCCGCCAUUUACUUUCCAAUGGAUAUUCUGACAUUCCUGAGGAAGCAACUUUCACUGAUGUGGAGGAGUUUUUGGAGCCUCUUGAACUCUGCUAUAGGUCACUCUGUGAUUGUGGUGAUAGGCCUAUUGCUGAUGGUAGCCUUCUUGACUUUUUGCGCCAAGUGUCGACCUUUGGUCUGUCUCUUGUCAGGCUUGAUAUUAGGCAAGAAUCUGACAGGCAUACUGAUGUUAUUGAUGCUAUCACUAAACAUCUGGGAAUCGGUUCCUACCGCGACUGGCCUGAGGAGCAACGCCAGGAAUGGCUGUUGUCUGAACUUAAUGGAAAACGCCCGUUGUUUGGCCCUGACUUACCCAAGACUGAUGAAAUUUCUGACGUGUUAGAUACUCUCCAUGUCAUAGCAGAACUUCCUUCGGACAACUUUGGGGCUUAUAUAAUAUCAAUGGCGACUGCUCCAUCAGAUGUUUUGGCUGUUGAGCUGUUGCAACGUGAGUGCCAUGUGAAAAAGCCAUUGAGAGUCGUCCCAUUGUUUGAAAAACUUGCAGAUCUUGAGGCUGCUCCUGCAGCUUUAGCCCGACUCUUCUCGAUAGAUUGGUACAAGAACAGGAUCUGUGGGAAGCAGGAAGUCAUGAUUGGAUAUUCGGACUCAGGGAAGGAUGCUGGGCGAUUUUCUGCAGCUUGGCAGUUAUAUAAAGCUCAAGAGGAGCUCAUAAAAGUUGCAAAGGAUUAUGGAGUGAAACUGAUGAUGUUUCAUGGGCGUGGGGGAACUGUUGGAAGAGGUGGUGGUCCUACUCAUCUUGCUAUACUAUCUCAGCCACCUGACACAGUUCAUGGGUCUCUUCGGGUUACCGUUCAAGGUGAAGUCAUCGAGCAGUCUUUUGGGGAAGAACAUUUGUGCUUCAGGACACUCCAACGUUUCACAGCUGCUACUCUUGAGCAUGGAAUGCAUCCCCCUAUAUCCCCAAAGCCAGAAUGGCGGACUUUGAUGGACGAAAUGGCUGUUGUCGCCACAGAGGAAUAUCGAUCUAUUGUCUUCCGAGAACCACGUUUUGUUGAAUAUUUCCGCCUGGCUACACCUGAGCUGGAGUAUGGUAGGAUGAAUAUUGGCAGCAGGCCAUCGAAACGAAAGCCCAGUGGGGGCAUCGAAUCACUACGUGCAAUUCCAUGGAUCUUCGCAUGGACACAAACACGGUUUCACCUACCAGUGUGGCUUGGUUUUGGUGCAGCAUUCAAGCAUGUUAUGCAAAAAGAUAUCAGGAAUCUUCAUACUCUUCAAGAGAUGUACAACAAAUGGCCAUUUUUCAGAGUCACAAUUGAUUUGGUUGAGAUGGUUUUUGCUAAGGGAGAUCCUGGAAUUGCUGCUUUGUAUGACAAACUGUUGGUUUCUCAAGAUUUGUGGAAAUUUGGGGAGCAACUUAGAGCCAACUAUGAAGAAACAAAGCGCCUUCUUCUUCAGGUUGCUGGUCACAAAGAUCUUUUAGAAGGGGAUCCAUAUCUGAAGCAGAGAUUACGCUUGCGUGAUGCCUACAUUACAACUUUGAAUGCCUGCCAAGCUUACACUUUGAAGAGGAUCAGAGACCCUUCCUACCAUGUUAACGUGAGACCUCAUCUCUCAAAGGAGAUAACAGAGUCCAGCAAACCGGCUGCAGAACUGGUGAAGCUUAAUCCAAGCAGCGAAUACGCCCCUGGGUUAGAGGACACCCUCAUUUUGACGAUGAAGGGUAUUGCUGCUGGACUGCAGAACACUGGUUGAAUUGUGUGCUCUGCAUAUCUCCUCAAUAAAGCAAAGCAUCGCAAACUACUGUUGUUUUAUGUAGCUAAUUUUUGCCAUGGCAGCGUUGCUGCUUUUGUCAGUUCCCGAAGACAGCAACCAGUGGUUCCAAAACACUUUCAGCUGUGCCACCUGAUUACUAAUGGCAAGAAAUAAGCCUUGUUCGGGAAGCUGAUGGCAAAAUUAAUUCUCUCAGUGUCUUUCUUCCUUUUUUUUUUUUUUCGUCUUUUCGUUUUUCAGUUCACAUUUAUCAUGAGUCUGAAAUUGAUCAAAAUCUCCAAGAGCUUUCAUGUUUGCAAUCUUCCACACUGGGGCAUUCUGAUAUGUUGCACUGUUUGGCUAUAUGAUUUAAUCAGAUGUUCUUGGUCUGCUUCUCAGAUUGAUUGAUACAUUUCUUGGGAUGAUGUCGGAACUGAGGUUUCUGUUAACUUUCAUUCUUCCGCUCUUGCAUUACACCUUACAGUCUCUUCCGAGAAGAUUUGCUUUUCAUGGUGCUCCAGGGACUAAAGCCAUCGUUCUAAGUUGGAAAGAGACUGUGAUUAGAAUAACUGGAAUAUUUCUGCUUUGCCUGUGUCAGCUGUUCACAGUAUUCACGAGUAGUUGUUGCUGCCUAUCUUUUAUGCAUUGAUUGAUAACUGGUUUAGGAAGUUGCUCUAAAUGUGUUUUCUUGAUGCUUCAAUCCGUGUUUCUCUUCUCUCUCAUCAAAACCAAGCUCGAUUCUAUAUUGUGACAAGUGCUCGUUCAUCAUAAUUAACAUCUUAAAAAAGCCUUUCUUUGCGAGUACACUUUGAUUCUAUUCCUGUUUGUUUUAUUUGCUCUCUCUUUUCCUCCCUACUCGAUCUUAUCCUUUGCUCACCCUUUCAUAUUUGCAGGAGCCAUCGUGUGAGUGAAGAAGAAUAUGUGGUGAUUGUCACAAGAUGCAUAUCCCUUUGUGAGGAUGACCACUUGGAUGCACUUUGCUAGGUGAGAAAUGCCUAUAGUCAAUGGUUCUCAAGUGCAAUUGCUAACCCUACUCCUCAACUUGCACUUUUCACAUACUUAUCUUGCUUUUGCUUAUCCAAAUGGAACCAUAUUAAUAAUCCCCAGUCUUACACUAUUCAAAUGUUUUGCCCAACUUUUUCUUUCUCCAAAAGAAACUCCAGAAUAAGUCACUAUACACCUUUCAAGUUGAGGUGGCUGGUUGUCGACUUUUUGGUUCUCGACCCAGUAAGGAGGUUGGGAAGAAGCCCAUAGGAUGUUUCCUUUGAGCUGGCUGGUUGUGCUAAACACGCUUCCUGAGGUGAUCGUAGCCAACUAAGACUUGGUCACAACUCGCAAAAAAGGGUCACGUCAUACAUAGGUGUUGCGAUGAUGCAAUUGUAAGCUCUCAUGUUUAACCAAGAUAGGAUGAGAUGAGAUGAGAUGGAUAUAACAAGACGAAGAUCGAGAUAAAAAGCUAAAAACAGAGUUAUACCCAUUUCAGAUAUUUUAAAUUCCCCCUCAGGAAAUGUCCAUUCCACACAGCCCUUUCCUCUAUAUGUAGUAGAAGCCCCCCCCCACUUCAGAUAAUUCCAUUACCGACAAAGGGAAUGGAGAAGAACAAUUCCCUCACACCAAACUACACGUCUUGUUUGACAAAGUCACUCCUUUUGCUUUUCUUUUGAGUACUCUUCUUUCUGCUUUCUUUGGCUAAUCCAUAACCAUUUAUGUGUCUCUCUCCUCUGCAGUAUGGCUCUCCACUUCUCCUUGCUCCCCCUAUCCCUCUCAACCUAACACUACAGCUCUCUCUCUCUCUCUCUCUCUCUCUCUCUCUCUCUCUCUCUCUCUCUCUCUCUCUCGGCCUAACACUACAACAAAUCCAUCUGAUGGCACGAGUAGAGGAAGCAGUAAGCUUCAAACUUUUCGGGACGGUGAUCCAAAAGGGGAACAGACAAGCCAAGGAGGAAGAGGAGAAGCGGGUGGAGGCGCAGGAAGAGGCGGCGGCGCUGCCGUGCCCGAGGUGCAAGAGCAAGGAGACCAGGUUCUGCUACUUCAACAACUACAACGUCAACCAGCCGCGCCACUUCUGCAAGGCCUGCCACCGCUACUGGACAGCCGGCGGCACCCUCCGCAGAAACGUUCCCGUCGGCGCUGGCCGCCGGAGGGGUCGCCCCGCACACCGCAUAGGAGCCUCCGCCGCAGCCGCAGCAACCGCAUCCAUCCCUUCUGUCUGCGUCCUGGUGUGCCAGCCGUCUGGCUACUCUGACGGGGCGGCGGCGAUGGAUCGCUGGCUCCUGACACCAGACGCCCCGGCGAUAGUUGACCGCAGGCACAGUGGUGGACCUCGUUGACUCUCGAGGAUCUACUCCUCGAGUCACAGUGUACGGCUCCCACAGCCAAAGGAUGUCUGUAUGUUUGUGAUCUUUUAACCAACCGUGGAAAUGGACAUCUCCUUUACUUCGCCAUGAAAA